AUGUUGUUUGGAACCUGCCGUCUUGGGCUCGACAUCGUGCGCGAGAACUUCACGCCCAGAGAACUGGAUACUGCUUCUGGGCAGCUCUUUGCCGAGAUUAUACUCCAGUGUUCGGGUGUCUUUUCCACUUCGUUUUUUCCGCGGAGCUCACCUGUGGCCACUGCCGCCACGAUGCGUGCAUCAGGACCUGCCUCUGCCAGCGGGACUGCUGCCCGCUCCGCUGCCACACGGGGUGCCCCCGGCCAUCGCGAACCUCCCCUCGCGGCGACGGGUCCCACGCCGGCGAUCAGGUGGCUCCACGCCCACUCUUGGAAGCUGUUCGAGGUUGUCGCCGUCAAGGGGGGCGCGCCGCUGCGGAUGCGCGCGGCGGCGGCUGGCGCGCCCGCGGGCGCGCGCGAGCACCAGGACUGA